AUGAGAAUGAUCCGUUUUCUUCUCAGGGCGGCUUCUUCGCCGAUGAUGUCCUCUCCAGCGACAUUCAGAGGGAAAUCCACGCUUGUUACUCCGACGAGGUUAACUAGGCUCUGCAACGACGGGGGUUGCGUCCGACAGUUGUUGGAAGCUGAAAAUCCGGAGGAUCUGUCCAAGGCGAAGUUGGUUCGAUCCGCCAGACAUCUGGAUAAGAUCGGCCACCAUGAGGCUGCUCUCACAGUGUUCCAAUGGAUGAGAGAAAAACAGAUGCCACUUUCAGAUUUUGAAAAUGAGAUUUUAAUGGAUAUUUUGGUGAAAACAAAAGGUAUUGCUGCUGGGCAAGACUUCUAUGAGAGUUUGGGAUGUAGUAUGACAAGUCUUGCUCGCAGAAAGCUAGGCGAGUGGUUCAUGAUUAAGUGUCACGAAGAAAACUCCUUUUCAGACUUGAAAUUCGCAGCGACCCUCCCACCAGUAACACCAUCCUCGUACUCCAAAUCAGCAGCAGCACCACUCUUGUGCUCCAAAUCAGCAUCCUCUCACUCCAAAUCAGCAGCAGCAGCACCACCCUUGCGCUCCAAAUCAGCACUCUCGCGCUCAAAAUCACUAUUUGUUAAUGAUUCUUAUCUAGUUGACCCCUAA